ACGCAUAUAAAAAUCCACCCACACUCCUCUCCCUUCCUCGCUCUGCAUUCUUUUCUCUGAUUCUCUUUACUAUUCGCCGCCUGAGACUUUACUUUUUUGACGACAACAAUGCAAUCUUCACCCGAGAGCGACGUCGUCGUUUCUAUCCCCGGCGACUUGGGCGUUCUUGAAAGGCAGAGAGCCAUCUUCCAGCGCUUCUACCCGCAGCAGCACCACCACCCGAUUCCCGCCGCCGCCGGAGGGAACCCGUUUCCCGGCAUGCUCGACGACGCCAACUUCGCGUCCCACUGGAAUCUCGAUGACAGCUCCCCAAGGAAAGCCGCCGCCGGAGUUCUUUCGCGGUGCAACUCAUCCGUAACGGCCGCGCCGCCGACUUCUUUAAUAAAGUUAAACCCCCGGAGCGCCGCCCCCGCCGGGAAAUCGACGAGGAAGAGGAAAGCAGAGCAGCAGCAGCAGCAGCGUUGUUUGGAAGAAAAGAAAUCGGAAGGAGAGAGCUGGGAGGCACAGUCAUCGGAGAUCACCGUGAAAUCUGAAAGACAGACUUCCGGACACUCUGCUUCGAAACAGAGCAAGAAAGCUGCCGCCGCCGCCGCCACGGCUAAUAGUACAAAUUACAUUCACGUCAGGGCUCGCCGCGGCCAAGCAACCGAUAGCCAUAGCUUAGCAGAGAGGGCAAGGAGGGAGAAAAUAAGCAAGAAGAUGAAGUGUCUACAAGAUUUGGUGCCGGGGUGUAACAAAGUGGUAGGGAAAGCAGGGAUGCUGGACGAGAUCAUAAACUAUGUCCAAUCCCUCCAAAAGCAAGUGGAGUUCUUGUCUAUGAAACUUGCUGUCAUGAACCCCCCCACCAGGCACCACCACCACCACCACCUCGAUUUUGCCAUGGAUACCACCUUCUUCCCAAAAGAGGUGGCGGCGGCGGCGGCGUACAUGGGAGAAGAAGAGGAAGAAAGGAAUAACAAUGGAGGAUGAGGGACGGAGAGUGAGAAAGAGGAGGAGGAGGAGGAUGUUAUGGCGGCACAACAAAGGAAAGACAACCUUAACAACAGCAACAAUUCUUCCCUUUCCAUCGCCGACUUUUACCUCGACUCCUCCUCUUCUUAUUUUACGCAACUUUCUUCAAUGCAAGGGUGGGAAAGUGAGUGGCCAAUAAUAUCAGCAGCAGCCCCUUUCAGUGCAAGUUUCCACUGAUUUCAUUCAUCUCUAUAGGAAUCGAUGAAUGGAAGGAGUACAAAUGGAGAUAUGCUCCGAUCCGACGACGUGUAGAGAUAAUUUCUUCAUUAACAAAUUAAAAUGUUUCAUUAUAAAUCGUCUCUCUUUUCCCCUCUCCCACUUCUUCAUUCCCCCCUUUUUAUUUUUGCCCUAUUCUGAUCUGUCAUUAGUUAAAAUUCUUUUAAAUAUUGGAGAGAAUUUUGAUGGGUAUAUGAUGAAUGAGUGUAUGUGUGUGUGUCUUGAUGAUGAAAAAAAGAGGGAAACUUUUG